CUACCAAGAAGCCUUAGAUCUUGCUGGCAUCCCCCGGCUAUGUGUGAGAUUGGAAGACCUAUGUGACAUGUUUUUCUGCAACAUCAUGAAGGAAAACCAUAAACUACAUGACCUUUUACCACCUAUUUUCCAAACUCAUUAUAAUACCAGGUCCCAGGCCUCUGGAAUACAAUUCCAGUUGCCAACAUAUAAAACUAAUAGAUCUCGAAACAAUUUUAUUGUCAAAUCUGCUGUGAAAUGGAACAAUACGAUUAGGAAGAACAUAGGGAAUGUAUAGCCCUACAUAUUUUUAAAAUGAUGACUUUUUAGAAUUUAGUGUAAAUAAUUCAGUAUAUACUAUACAGUGUUCUUAGUUUUGAUGUUUGUAGUUGUUUCCCCUUUUACCUUUCUAACGCAACAUUGUAAUGGGUAAAUUUAAUUUAGUCUUUGACUACGAUUUGCUCAAAUUAAAGCUAUUAUUAUUAUUAAUAUCAUUUUGCACCUGUAAAAGAGUCUAUCUCAGUCGAUGAUAUCUCCUGAAGCGAUAUUGGCAGAUUGGGAGUGGAGCAUUUUUUGACAAUGGCGCUGCAAUUGGUUAGCAAAAGCCCUUUCAGUUACCUCUGAAAGAAAUAACAAAUUGGACAUUGGCUAAAUUUUCAAAUAAUGGCUCCAUACUAAGCGUUUUCAAAACUGGCUUCAGUAGAGCAAUUUUCCAGUGAUCCGGGACUCGACCAUCUUGCAAAGAGAAAUUUGCAAUUUUAGGAAUAGAGGGUCCAAGUUCAAGCAAACAGAGUUUCACAAUCCAUGAUGGAAUCGGAUCAAAUUUGCAAAUGGCACUGGACAAGUACAAUUACAUUUCUCUUCCCCUCUCUCACUCUCUCGCUCUCCCCAUAUCCCCCUAUCCCCCUAUCCCUCUCUCUCCUCUCCCUUUCUCGCUUUCUCCCUCUCUCCCUCCCCCCCUUCUGUCUGUCUGUCUGUUUGUUUGUCUGUCUGUCUGUCUGUCUGUCUGUCUGUCUGUCUGUCUGUCUGUCUGUCUGUCUGUCUGUCUGUCUGUCUGUCUGUCUGUCUGUCUGUCUGUCUGUCUGUAGAGCUCUGCAAAAAUUACUUUAUUUUUUCUUUAACACAACAAAGUGGACCUAAAUUGUUCAAAGUUUUCAAAGUAAUAUGAACAGGUAUCUUGAUCACGACGAAGAAAAUAAUUUCUUCACCUUGGGUGGAACAGCGAAUGACUUGAAAUGCUUUGUGAACUCGGUUCUGGAAAGAAGAAGACAAAGAACACAAUGCUGUUACGUACAAAUUGACAAAUUGCCCAAUCAGAUUUUAUUCCACAACGAAUAAACUGGUCUUAUUUGGCACGAACCAAGCCGUCUUGUUGGAUAAACUGAACAAUAUUCACAGAAAAAAUAAAGGUUUUCAACCCCGCCCUUCUUCUCCGACUACGCAAAAUAAUGGCGGCAACGUCGAAGGAAAUCACAUUGAUCAUCAAGUCAUUCAAACCCAGAAGUUAUUAAUGCAACGUCUCACAGUAACGAAGCUUCGCUACUUGUUCUUGGUUGUUCUGACGAGUCUGGAGAAGCAAACUUAAUUCCAACAAUUGAUAUCUGCAACGAAGCUAUGACUAUUAGUGAUACAAAGACAAUUAUAGUGUGAUCCUAAAGGAACUGUCUUUAAUAAAAUCAGAAAUGCAUUAGGUCAAAGAAAAGUGUUUACAAAAUAGCAUGAACAACGAGACACGUCCACAUCCAGGAGAAUUAGAUAUAGAAAAUCUCCCUGGAUUACAUAAGAUUUAAGACGCCAGAUAUUUAACCGAGAUUACCUAAAAAAGAAACCUGUUACAUCCAAUGAUCCUAAAAUCUGGCAUCAAUAUCGACAAACUCGAAAUCACAUUAAUAAUGAAAUCAAAAAAACUAAACAAGCUUAUUAUAAGAAUAAUCCGAAUCGAGUAAAGGCAACAUGAAAAAAACAUGGAAACUUAUAAAUGAACUAAGUUCUAGAAAUGUAACCAAAACUAAAAAGAUAACACAAUUAUAUUAGAUUUUGAAGAGCGAGAAAUAACUGCACCUGAAAAAUAGCUGAAACAUUUAACAGCUACUUCUCAGGUAUUGGUGAAAAACUUGCUUCCGAUAUUCCUGCUCCUGUGCGUGAUCCAGCAGUUUAUCUUAAACCAACUGAUGAAUCUUUCUUUCUCAAAACUCCCUCCGUUAACACAGUUUAUCAACUGCUGACUACAUUAGAUAAGAAGUCAGCUGGUUUGGACAAUAUACCAAACAAGUUCCUAAAGAUAGCUGCAAGUGUUAUUGCACCCUCGUUAACAGGAAUAUUCACUGCAUCUAUUAAUACCGGAAUAUUCCCGUAUGAAUGGAAGGAAAGCAGAGUAACGCUAGUAUUAUAACCCAGGCAACAAUCGACCUAUAUCAAUUAUUCCAUGUGUUGCUAAAAUUUUUGAAAAAAUCAUAUUCGAUCAACUACAUGGGUAUCUUGAUUCAAAUAAUUUGCUAAACACAUGCCAAUCUGGAUUUCGACCGUUUCAUAGUACCCUAACAGCGUUGCUAGAAGCCACAAGCGACGGGCCCAUGAAUAUUGACAGUGGCAUAAUUAACGGAGUUGUAUUUAUUGAUUUAAAGAAGCUUUUGAUACGAUCGAUCAUCAAAUUAUCCUGCAAACGCUUAAAAAUUAUGGUAUUGACGAAAACAGUCUUACCUGGUUUCAUUCAUAUCUCACUGAUAAAACUCAAAAGUGCCGGGUAAAUGGUCAACUGUCAGAUUCUGUGCCAGUGGCCUGCGGUGUCCCUCAAGGUAGCAGUCUAGGGCCAUUGCUAUUCCUCAUCUACUUUAAUGAUUUACCGAACUGUCUAAAUCAUACAACUAGUACUGCUAGAAUGUUCGCAGAUGAUACAAGUAUUAGUUAUGCGUCCGACUCAGCCAAAGAGCUCCAAAAUGUCAUUAACACCGAAUUGAAAGGUCUAAGCGAUUGGCUAACCACUAAUAAACUAAGCUGAAAUAUUGAAAAACAGAAUUCAUG